AUGGCCGACGCUUCCGCGCCUGCAUACACCUCGUCGUCGUUCGCGGAAGUCCUGAGCAUCUGGAGGAAGCGCGAAGAGGUUAAGCAGUCCCGCGCGCAUCUUGAAGUGACGCCGAGCUCCGCGACUGCAUGCGCGGUGCCUUGUGAGCCAAGUCUCGAGGCGACUUCUGAGGAAACUCCCGAGGCGAUUUUUGAGUCGACGGAAAAGCAGUCUCAACUGCAAGUGCCGCUGAGCUUCUCCGCUGCAUGCGCGGCGGCUGCAGAGGAGGCGGAGGAGGAGGAGGAGGAGGAUCUGCGGACUGACUGCGACCAAACGAGCACUGGCAGCGUCGCCGUCGAGACGUCAUGCAGCAACGGGACGAGUUCUGUCAGCUGUUCUGUCAGCAACGACACGAUUUCAGGAAAGGACGUGAGGAUGCAUAGUGAUGGCGGCGGGUGGUUGGUGGCGGAGUUUGCAGUGGGAUCAGGUGGUGCCACUGCUGAUGCACUCAACACACUGCACGCCGCCCUGCUGCUGCUGCUGCUGCUGCUGCUGCACUCAUUGCUCUUGUCACUGCUGCUGCCGCUGCUGAGAGUGGUUCUGCCCUGGCGCAUUCCCAAUGUAGAUAGCACAGGAGCGCGUGUGAAGGUGGGUGGUGUGGAGGGGAAGGCAUGGAAUGCACGUGGUGGUGCUCUAGCCCACCAGAAGCCCACUGCAAGCAGCAUGAGGCAGCAGCAGGAGAAAGAGCACGCUGUGAGGUGCAGAGGGAGGAGGAGUGGUGCUAGCACCACCAAGGCAGCAGCAAGACCUCUUUGGAGGUCACGAUCAACUAUCCUUUUGAAAGAAGCCCUCUAA